GGGGCUCGACCCAACCGUCAUCCCAUUAACGGCGACGGAUUUCACCGUAUGUCGUACGUCGAAAGUUGUUUGUUUCUUCUUCAGUCACGAAAAACCAGCCAAACGCGGAACGCGCGUCAACAUCCAUAGCUUACUAGGUUCGGAAAAGGUAUCGAUUCGGUGGUAUUCUUGCCCUAUUUCCCCUUGUGAUUUGUGAUCCCUUUCCUUUGUGCCGUUCAUUUAAUCUGUGUGAAUUUCUCUGUGACGUCAGCGUUGUAGUAAAGGGAGCCGACGAAGGUUCAAGAAUCCAUCGAAGAACCGCCGGUCCUUCCGAAGCCCGCCACUAAGAUCGGAGGAAGCAUACUGAAGGAGAUCCAGAUACGCUGCAGCCUUUCUUGGAACAGAGACGCCCGUGAAUUAGGUUCCCUACUCAACUGUCCGCAUUUGACAGCUCUCCUAGACUGUCACGACGAUAUAGCGAAAUCUUACGAAAACCCGAAACAGGACCAGCCCAGUUCACCGCCGAAAUUAUUUCCCAACGGCAUGACGGGAGAUGCCAUCAGGAUGGUGGGGGUGAGGAAAAAGCCCGGGGAGCCCCUAGGAUUAACGGUCCAAGUUGAUGAAAACAGUAACUUGAUAAUAGCCAGAAUUCUCGAAGGGGGAAUGAUAGAGAAACAAGGUCUGCUACACAUAGGCGAUAUCAUUAUGGAAGUUAAUGGGAUUCCAGUGGCGAGCGCAGAAGAUCUCCAAACGGAGAUCGCCAAAACCAAGGACCACGUCACCCUCAAAGUCCACAAUAAACAAAACAACGAACCAGCGACACAUUCCAAUAUCGUGAUGACGAACGGUACUAACGGCAUCACGAAGAAGUUGACGUGUUACAUGAGGGCCCUGUACGAAUACAUCCCACAGGAAGACACCCUUUUGCCUUGCAAGGAGAUUGGCCUGCCUUUCGAUAGGGGAGACAUCCUUCAAAUAGUCGACCAGAGGGAUCCCAACUGGUGGCAGGCAAAAAAAAUUGGGGGAGAUGGUACGACUGGUUUAAUUCCCUCCCUAGAAUUGGAGGAAAGGAGGAAAGCCUUUGUGGCUCCAGAAGCUGAUUUUGUACAUAAAAUAAGUAUUUGUGGUGCUCGAAUCUCUAGACGAAAGAAAAAAAUCAUCUACCAAUCUAAAAGCAGCGCAGAUUUUGACAAAGCGGAAUUACUAUUGUACGAAGAAGUGACUAGAAUGCCACCGUUUAAGCGAAAGACUUUGGUCUUGAUUGGAACUCAAGGAGUUGGUAGAAGAACGUUGAAAAACAGGCUGAUCAACAGCGAUCCUGAUAAAUUUGGUGGAGUAGUUCCAUAUACUACCAGACCUCAGCGAGUGCUUGAAGAAAACGGCCAGAGCUAUUGGUUCACAGAUAGAGAGUCCAUGGAGGAAGAUAUAAAGAACAACAAAUUCUUGGAGUAUGGUGAAUACAACGGCCAUCUUUAUGGAACACACUUAGAUACAAUCCGAGAUAUUAUUAAACAGUUUGACCGACAGAGUUCGAUACGAUACAGUUCCAGGAGAGCAAGAACUUUGGAAUCUUUAGCUUCACUGUACGAGGAGGAAGAUCUGAAAAGGGCUUUGGAAGAUAGUGCAAGCAUGCAAAGAACUUACGACAAAUACAUAGAUCAGGUGAUAACAAAUAAUGACUUUGAUACAACAUUCAGGCAGAUUGUAGAAGCAUUAGACGCUCUAACGACAGAACAUCAAUGGGUGCCUGUCAACUGGAUAUAUUAGGAUUGUUGAAUAGCAUCGCUUAACUCAAGUGGAAUUCAAAUUGUUAAUAUUUUGGGGUGAUUUUUUCUACUGCCAAUAAUCACAUACGGUUUGCCUUAGCAAGUCUUUCUUCGAGGAGCAGCUUUCAUUUUAAAUUGAGCGGUGAGUGAUGAAUACACACGAGGGAAGUACGGUUUCAGAUAAAAAGGAUCUCAAAAAAGAAAUUUAUUUUUGGAAAUUUUCAGAAUGACCAAUUGUCAACCAAUAUUGGAAGGAGUUAUUCUAAAGGUUCAAUAUGUCGUCAAAGAGACAGCUCAUUAGGUAACCUUGAAAUUCUGAAUGUAUUAUUCAAACACCAAUUCCAGUCUUAUGGUCUAACAACUGAGUCAUUCACAAAUAUACGUGAACUUUUGACUGACCGUCCAUGAAAGUUGACAAUUUGUCAUUUUAGAGUGAAGGGAGCUUUAUAUAUUUUACUUUUGCGAACCUUUUUUCACUUAUGGUAAUACAAUAAUCAUCACUAUUAAAAAAAUAUAUAUUGAAAGAGUUAUUUAGAUAAGUUUAUAAAAAUGUGUAGCAAUAUGAAUAAGUAUUAAACUGUUAGAAUAAGUAGUGAUCAGAAAAGUUUUGAAGAAUAGUAUUUAUAUUGUUAUAAUGUCUCAAGAUGUCAGCUGAAGAAUGGCCUAACUGGAUUUGAUCGGACUCAAAUACAUUAGUGGUAUAUUUUAUUACGUUUAAGUUCUUCGAAUACAUCUCAACAAUGGUACAAACUAUUACUUACAUCGAAAUGAAAGAUCUGAGCAAGAGUGAUAUUAUUUACAGUUCAAUUAAAUCUUGAGAGAUGGGCCUUGUCAUGAUUUUGUUAAAUUUUCAUGCUAACUAUUUUCAUUUCCGCAAAGUGUAGGAUUGUAGGUAAGAAACAAUUGAUUAUGUAUAUUUGUGAAAUUGUUUCUUUAUUGUUUUAUUUAUGUUACAACAUAUGUUGCUAAUGCAGCGUAUGGAAUCACAGUCGCAAAGUCUUUAACUUAAUUUUAACUUUUUUGUUCGUUUCACAGGUGUAUCUUUUUCGGAAAUUGCUUAGCAUGGACAUAUAUAUCAUCUGAUCAUGGUAAAUGAACAUUUUCAUUUGGCAUUUUCCUUAUGCCGAAUUAUCAUUUGAGUGACAUUUACCUCCUCCACUGACAUCACAACUACUCUACUGACGUCACAAAGACAGAAAAAUUGUCAAAUAUCGGUUCUAUUCAUCUCCACAAGAUUUUGUAACGAACAAGUUGAGUAUGAAGAAUUCUAUUUGGGAAGUAAUGGACCCAGGAACAAUUAUCGUUACUUCUAAUUAUUCCAACGAAUCAACUCAUUUUGUAAAUACGAAGUCCACCUAAAGGUGUGAGAUAUCACAUGCUUUUGUGACCUUUUUACGAAUACGAAAACGUUUCAACAGAACUUUCACUUGAUUGAUUCAGAAAAAAGUGAUAAUUUCACAUUGAGUUAGGAGUACCACUUAUUUUUUAACGAAUUGAAAAUAAUAAUUUUGUCAGAAAUGUUGUUUCCAAAGAAAGAAGAGUAAUAAGAUCACAUUGAAAAUUGAGAGUGGGUAUCAGUUAUUCCUUUACGAAUAACCAACAUUUACCCAUGAUCUCAAAGAAAGGGUUAUUAAAAAAACCUUUUUGAAAUAACACGAUUAUAUAUGUGAAGUAAUUAUUUUACAUUGAGUUAGGAUUACUAGUUAUUUUUUAACGAUUCGAAAAAUACAUUUCAACUAAAAAUGUUGUUUCCAACGCAAGCAUAAAAAAUGAGAAUUGAAACUUCCUCUGUUUUUAUAGCACUUUUAUUUGUAACUAACGUUACUGCUGUUUCGUCCUACAAAGACAAAAAAUGGCCUUACAUAUUAAUUGUUCAUAUUCCGACUUCGGGGGUAUACACACACGAAACAAAGAGAAGAAGAAGAAUUCUUCAUUUUAUUAUGAGAUUAGGCAUUGAUUUUAAUUCUUCACUUUUUUCAUAUUCACCUACAUUUCUAGUUGCUUCAUUAUUACUAAAGUAAUCACAAAUAGGAAAUUUUGAGGUGACUUGUGAAGACAUUAUCCUGUUUUCAAAUGUGGUUCACACAUUUUGAGACAAUGCGCGCCAAAAUUUCGAAAUGUGAUUCACACUGUCACAUAUAUGUUCAACCUAAACAAUUUCUGAAAAAUAUGGCGAAAAAUUAUAUUAUGAUUAGACAAUAAUUUUGAAAUACAACCGAUAAAGAACACGUAAAUGCAGUUUUGAGUAUUAUCAAUGUGAUUUUUACGAACAUUUUCCACGUUUUGAAGUAUAAGAUGAAACUAAUAUCACAUAUUUCGAAGUAAUAUUUGACACUUGUGUGUUCUAUGGACAUUGAAAUAUACAAAAAUUACUGGUCAUAUUUGGUUGUUUUUCUAUAUUGUUUAUUUUUGGAUUAUUACCAAUAUAAAAUUUGAAUGAAAAUUUGUUGAUUAAAAUGAAAUUGGCUAUUAUGUACUGCAUUUAAAUGUUCUUUCGGGAUUAAUUUAACUGUAUAUAACAUUUCGAUUGAGAUUUCUUAUACACUUGGCACUAUUCUCGUCACAACUGAGACUUUAGGAAUUAAGUUAGUUAUAUACUUAUUAGUGCGAACCGUCCAUUUUGUGUUCAGGAGACAUCUUUAUUUUGUUACUGAAUAUUGUAUAGAAGUGCAGGAUUUUUUUUAUAAUUCUGAUUAUUUUGUAUGUGUUUAUUUAGUUUUAGAUCUUCUUUAUUUACGACACUUAAAGCUUAUAAAACAGACAUAUAAUAAAGAAUUUUAAAAUAUUUCAGGUUCAA